AUGAUCGAAACAGAUACAAAUAUUAUUCAUAAUACAAAAUGUGGACAAAAGUCAUUGCUCGAAAGAUAUGAUAUACCGGUCGAGCAUCUUUCAUAUGAAUAUAUUUCUGAAUGUACAAAUGCAAAAAAAUUGGAGCGUAUAGUAACUAUAUUGCGUUCUGGUGAAGAAGGAUUUUAUCCAGAUUUAACAAAACAUGCAGAAAAGUGUUUAAAUGUUAUUAAGCCAACGAGUAUAAUUUUAAGAAAAUCCGAACCCAUUCUUAAACGUGAUAUGUUAGAACCAAAUGAAUGUAAAGAAAUUGAUAAAGAUAUUAAUGAUUGGAUGUCUGAAAUGCAGAUUCGAGAAAAAGAUUUAGAAGAAGGGAAAACAACUUUAUUAAAUCCUUUACCUUCACCAGACAUUCGGGAAUUUAAAGAAGAAUCUCUAAAAAAAAAUUUUGCGACAAACUUAAAAAAUACUAAAAAUAAACGAAUUGCUUCUUGUGAUUAUUCUGCUUGGGAUAAAUAUGACGUUGAUGUUGAACUAAAUAAAAUAGAUAUACGAGAAGAUCAGCAAAAACUUGAAGCAAAGAAAUUACAACAGAAACAAAAAGAAAUUAUAGAAAAAAAGAAGCUGGAAAAACAUACGAUUAUCAAUACAUCGGCAUUAACAGGAACAGAAUUAGACGUAAUGGCAGAUCAAGAAAGAGAAAAAGGAAACGAAGCUUAUAGAGCUGGAGAUUACGAGGAAGCUUUGGAACAUUAUAAUAUUAGCAUAAAAAUGAAUUCGAAUAUAAUUACACAUAAUAAUCGAGCAAUGACGUAUAUUAAACUUCAACGUUAUCAAGAUGCUCUUAAAGACUGUAACAUAGUACUCAAUGUAGAAUGUAUGAAUAUUAAAGCUCUUCUUCGGCGAGCUUUAUGUUUAGAUCAUCUUGGAGAAUCGUCUCAGGCAUUGGCAGAUUGUGAAGCUGCUUUGAUAUUAGAACCUACUAAUGCCGUAGCGAUUGCUGGUGUGAAGAAAUUAAGAAAACCUUGCGAAUCUAGAAAAAUAAGAAUGACUAUCACAGAAGAACAAACUGAAGAUACAAAUAAAAAAUUAAUAUCAAAGUUAAAUGAACUUGAAGAAAAAAAGAAUUAUGUUUCACAGUUUAACUCAAAUAGUAUAUGCUAUUGCGAUAAAGCACCAGGUCCAUCACGAAAUUUAAAUCCAAGUCCACAUAUUAAGGCUGAAUAUUGUCUUGAAAAUAAUAAUAGAGAAACAACGAUAAUUAAAAAUACUCUUUCAAAGAAAUCUGAAAAUAUUCCAAAAGUAAUUAAUGUGAACACUGAACUGUUCAAAAGUCCAGUUUCUUCUAAUAAUUAUUCUUCAAAUGUGUCUAAAUUAUACCAAGAAAAAAAUGAUCCUGAUCCCUUAACAACGAAACAUAAAUCAACUUUUUCUCGUACAAAAUCUCCCAUAGGAACUAAUUCAGUUAUUAUUGAAGAAUUACCUAAUGAAUCUAAUAACAAGAAUUAUAUAAAUGUUGAAAUCAAAUCGAAGGAAACAACGAAUAAAAAUAUAUCCAACACAAAAAUUAAGAACAAAAAUAAAUCAUCCGAUAAACAAGUAAAACUUAAAAAUCUAACUAAAAAUUGCGAAAAAUAUUAUUUAAAUGAGAAACCUAGAAAAAUAGAAAUGGCAGAUAAAUAUAAAAAUAAAACUAGUAAAGAAGAGAAACCUAUUACAAAGAUUAUAAAUAAUUCAUCAAAAAAUGAUUUUGAUCUAGAAGUAUAUGCUCAAUUAUUAAGAUCAGUAGAUUUAAAUUUAGUUUUAGGAAAUGAAUUAGAUGGAAACAAGUUCAGUACUAUAUUGCAUUGUUUAGAACAGUAUUUUUGUACAUCUGACAAUAUAGAACUUUUGAAUAAUUGUUUGAAAUCAAUCAGUCAAAUGAAACGUUUUUCAAUUAUCAAUAUGUUUAUGAGUAGCGAAGAUAAACAAGUUAUCAAAAACAUAUUCAAUUUCUUAGAAGAGCAUGGAACGUCAGAAGUUUCAUCAUUGCGACAAAUUUAUUGCAUCUAAGAAUACUAUGCAUAUAUACAUUUUAAAAUGUUCGAAUUUUGUAGUGACA